AUGGAAGUAGAAGAUUACAGUAAACUAACCAGGGAUCAACUACGAGCUGUUCUACGUUCUAAGAAAUCAAUUAGCAACGAAGAUAUCAAAACUAUGAAAAAAGAAGAUAUCCUAAAAGAACUUAAGAAAUUAUCUGACCAACAAAAUCAAGAAAACCAAGAUGCUAUCAAUAGGGAAUCGAAUUAUCAACUGAGAAAAUUGUUUCCGUUUGAUAAAACUGUUUUUAGUGAAUACAAAGAAGUUGGCGAUUUCGAUGGAAUUCAGAAAACUCAAAAACAGAGAUAUGUUUGUUAUGCUGAUUUUGAAUCUGUUAUUUAUAAAAUUGAUAAUGUGAGCCGUUCACCCAGCGAGUCAUGGAACGAAAAUUUUGGCAAACAUGUGGCUUCUGCCUUCUGUGUAGUCGUUGUCGAUUCCUUCACUAAUACUAUCUAUGACAUGAAAAGCUAUAUUGGCUACGACACAAUUUUAAAGUUUAAUGAAUAUAUUCUAGAAGUAUGUGAAAAACUCUUAAGCAUCGCUGACAUGAGAAUGCAAAAAUUGACCUUUGAAGAAGAUGAGUCUUUCCAUAGUUGUGAAUCAUGCCCCGCCUGUGGAAAUAAGUUUUGCGGGGAUAAAGUUAGAGAUCACGAUCAUUGGACUGGAUUAUACAGGGGACCUCUUUGCAAUGCAUGUAACUUGUUGAAACGUAGAAAUAAUUUUAUACCAGUAUUCUUCCAUAAUCUAAAAGGAUACGAUUCUCAUCUGAUUAUCAGUGAUGACAAGUCGAGUGAAUUACUAAAGGAGCGAGGUGUAGAAAUUAAAAGCAUCUCGGCUAACAUUGAAAAGUUUAUAAGUUUUAGCUAUCAUUUUCAUGAUAAAGAUCGUAAAAAAUAUGAAAUAAGAUUCCUAGAUAGUUUGGGAUUCAUGCCUUCCAGUUUGGACUAUCUCAGUGGUAAUUUAGAGGAUGAUGAAUGCAUUAUCACAAAAAAGUAUUACAAUAACGAACAUUUGUUCCAUCUAAUGAGGCGAAAAGGUGUCUACCCAUAUGAUUUUAUGGAUUCCUUUAAAAAAUAUUCCAACACGGAACUUCCUCCGAUUGAAGACUUCUAUAACAGUUUAUCCGGAGAAACAAUCAGCAAUGAGAGUUACGAAUACGCUCAGCAAGUGUGGAAGGAUAUGAGUUGUCAAACUUUAGAAGACUACACUAGAACUUAUAUGAUUAACGAUGUGUUACUAUUAGCAGAUGUUUUUGAAACUUUUAGAAAUGUGUCUCUCAAAGAAUAUAAGCUAGAUCCGUGUUGGUACUAUACAUCUCCAGGAUUAGCUUGGGAUGCAAUGCUAUACAAGACUGGUGUUAAGUUACAGACUAUCAAGGAUGUUGAAAUGUAUAACUUAAUUGAGAAAGGUAUUCGAGGAGGUAUGUGCAAUGCUAUGCUCAGAUAUUCUAAGGCAAAUAACAAAUACAUGCCAAAUUAUAAUCCCGAAGAGGAAUCAAAAUACUUACUCUAUUUAGAUGCAAAUAACUUAUAUGGAUGGGCGAUGAGUCAAAAAUUGCCUUAUGAUGAAUUUGAAUUUAUAAAUGCUGCAGAUUUUAGUAUGGAAAUGAUAGAAAAUCUUAAUUCUCAAGGAAAGGGAUGUAUACUUGAAGUUGAUUUAGAUUAUCCCGAUAGUCUACAUGACAAACACAACGAUUUACCAUUUUGUUCAGAGAAUAAACGAGUUGGAACUACCAAUAAAUUAAUCAAUGAUUUUAGUCCAAAGAGAAAUUAUGUGAUUCAUUAUAAAAACCUUUUGCAAGCUAUUCAGCAGGGUUUGGGUCUAGACCAAAAGAGUCGAAAUAAUAUAGAUUGUGCAUAUCCUUCUUAUAACAAACCCAAUGAGUUCCCUUGCCUUCCUUUUUAUCAAGAUUUACGAUGGCAACUUCAUCGGGUGGAUCCCUCCAAAGGCAGUUCACUGCCCAGCUCCACAUUUCCGUGGUAG